AUGUUGAUACCGUUGGGACUCCUGAUUCUGUGCUGGCUGUUUGGGCGUGGUUUUGGCAACACACGACCAGAGUGGUUCCAGGACAUAUCCACUGACCUGUUUCAUUCGCCUGGGAACUUCAGCCUGGGGGGGCUUUUCCCCAUCAAUGAGCUCACCAGCAACCUCAGCAACAGAGAGGAGCCUGAUGACAUUCAUUGUGACAGGACAAGCACCUAUGGCCUGGGCCUCUCCCUGGUGAUGAAAUUUGCAGUGGAUGAGAUUAACAGCAACCGCCAGCUGCUCCCUGGCAUCAGGAUGGGGUACCAGAUCUUUGACACCUGCAAGGAGUCCUCCGUCAUCGUGAAGCCCACCAUGCUGUUCCUUACCAAUGGCUCCACCAAGGAGGUCAACGUCAUGUGCAACUACACAGAGUACUCCACCCGCGUGAUGGCUGUUAUUGGACCCCAGACUUCUGACAUGACCUCUGUCAUUGGAAAACUCCUUGGCUUCUUCCUCAUGCCUCUGAUCAGUUAUGGCGCCACAAGUGAAAAGUUUAGCGACAAGCGGCUGUACCCGUCCUUCCUCCGCACGGUCCCGAGUGACAAGCGGCAGGCAGAGGCCAUAAUCCAACUCCUGAAGAGGUUCAACUGGACCUGGGUGGCUAUGGUGGGGAGUGACGAUGAAUACGGCAAGCAGGGCAUUUGGGAGCUCUCUUCGCUGGCCACAAAUAACGGCAUCUGUGUGUCCUACAAAGGCUUGAUACCCGUCUACUCUGACCCUGUGCCCAUGGUGAAGGAGAUCCUGGAACGCAUCAAUGAGACAGAGGUUUCUGUGGUCGUGGUCUUUGCCCUCUUCAAGCCCGCCCGGGACUUCUUCAGCGAGGUCAUCAAAUAUAACAUGAGAGCAGUUUGGGUAGGUAGCACAUCUUGGGCUCUACACAACCAGGUAACCAGCCUGGCCAAGAUUGACACCAUUGGGACCAUGGUGGUCUUUGCUGACAUGACCCAGAAUCUUCAACUGUUGGAUGGCUAUGCCAGGGAGUUGUUCUCCAAGCUGGGGAAGGAGAAGGAGCUUAGGAUAAGCCAGGCCCAACCACAACAAAACAUGACGGCGUCCCCUAACCUGUUCGACCCCUGUCCCCAAUGCUUGGACCUCUCCCUGGACAACAUGACCCUCCUGAACAACUCCCUCCUCACGCACACAGCCUCCAGUGUGUACGUAGCUGUCUACACUGUGGCACAUGCAAUGCACCACCUCCUGGGAUGCAAUUCCACCGCCUGCCACAAGAGGAUUGACCGCAGUAUCUACCCCUGGCAGUUGCUGAAGGCACUCAAGAAUGUUUCCUUUAAUGUAAGCAGCAAGCCAUUUCAGUUUGACAUUUACGGGAAUCCCAAUGUUGGAUAUGAAAUAUUCACCUGGGACUGGCAGAGUGGCAAACUGAAAUUUACAGAAAUUGGAAGCUUUGACAAGACUCUAAGAAUCAAUGAAAUGCUCAUCAAAUGGCACACACCUGCAUCCAAGGUCCCUGAGUCAGCCUGCUCUGCUGACUGUGAGCCUGGACAGGUGCGCCGCGUCAAAGGACUCCACUCCUGCUGCUUUGACUGCAUCAAGUGCAAGGAAGGAACAUUCCACAACCACUCUGAGGACAUCCAGUGCACUGACUGCCCCCGAGGUCAGUGGUCUACAGAAAGCAGUACCAAUUGCACCACUCCCACCUACUACUUCCUGUCCUGGAGUUGGCCUGAAUCCCUAGGACUACUGCUGGCAGCAGUGGUAAUCCUAGCCUGCCAGGGAGCAGUGGGCGUGUUGUUCCUGUACAACCGCAGGACCCCUCUGGUGCGUGCCUCAGGGGGGCUAAUGUGUGCCCUUACCCUCCUCAGCCUUGUGGGGGGCUGUGCCAGCAUGGUCCUCUUCCUGGGCAAGCCAAAUGAUUGGGUGUGUUACCUGCAGCAGCCCUUCAAUGCCCUCUUCCCCACUGCAACCCUCUCAACCAUCCUGGCCCUGUCAAUGCAGGUCGUCUGUGUGACAGAGUUCCCUGACCAGGCUCCAGCUCACCUUCACCACCUGCGUGGUCGAGGUGGCUGGCUGCUUGUGCUGGCCUCUUGUGGCCUGCAGGCUGGGUUUUGUGGAUGGUUUGUGUAUGAUGGACCGUCGCUCUCCACGUACGUGGCCAACAUGGAGGUGACAUUUGUGAGGAAGUUCUUGAGCUGCCCUAUGGAGCCCAUGCUGGGGUUCGGCCUCAUGCAGGGCUUCAAUGUCCUGUUGGCCCUGGUCUCCUUCAUGUGCACUUUCAUGGCUCAGAAACCUGCAAAGCAGUAUAACCUGGCUCGUGACAUCACCUUCUCCACCCUGGCAUACUGUGUGGUGUGGGUGGUCUUCAUCCCCAUCUACGCAGGCUGGACCGGAAAGCAUAAGUCAAUAGGUCACAUCACUUCCAUCCUGAUCAGUAACAUGGGACUGCUGUCCUCCUUCUUCUUCCCUAAGUGUCACCUGCUCCUGACCAACCCUGAUCUCAACAACACUGAAUACUUCCACAACUUCCUUGAGGGCACCCCGCUCACACCCCAGGAAGACCAAGAGUAG